AUGUAAGAAUUUUAAGAGUUAUAACAGGAUUAAUCCGAAGAUUAAGAAGUAAUCAGUUUCUCUUUUCUUGAAAUAAAAUUACCAAAUUCCAUAUUAAGUCAAAGUUAAGGCAUAAUCAUUGCUUAAUAUGGUCCAGCAUCUAUAUUCAUUGAUUAGCAUCUUUAAAAAUCUUAGGAGGUUGGAUAGGUUAUUUAAACAACAUCCAAUCCACUUAAAUUGGCUACCAUUAAAUAGAUUGAUUAAUUAUUGGUCAUAUCGUUUCAAAAGGACAUUCGCUAUUAUUAUUACUAAGAAUACAAUUUGCUUAAAGAAUUAGAAAAAAAUGGAUUUAAACAAUAACCCUUAUAUAUACUAAUGAAUGUUCCGUCCUCUACAUUAGAGAGAUAUUCAGAUGAAAAUUCUUAAUUGCGUCAAUUGAAUCACAACAUUGAGAGCAGUGUCAAAUAAUUAGAAGAUCCAGAAGAAUUGGAGGGAUAUUUUGGAGAUUUAUUCUACUCUCUGAAAAAUCUAAAAUCGAUUGCAUACAUUUUAGUAUAAGCUAAUUAUGAUACAUCACUUGAAUUAAUUUAGAAAUAUGAUGAAAUCAGGAAACAUUUACCACAAAUUCCAAAUAGUGUGAACAAAGAAUUCAUUAAGGAAUCAUUGAAAAAGUAUGCAAAGAGUUUAAAUAGAGAUAAUGUGCACAUUUGAAUUGAGUUUUA